AUGACAAUUAAAACAACAAAACCAAUUCCUGAUUUUCCUACAUUUGGUUUACUUCCAAAAGAAGAAACUGAAGCUGCCUCUUUCAUUAAAAAACAUCCUGAAUAUGAUGGCCGUGACACUAUUAUUGCAAUAUUGGAUACUGGUGUUGAUCCUGGUGCCGCCGGUCUUCAGGUUACUACUGAAGGAAAACCAAAAAUCAUUGAUUUGAUUGAUUGUACUGGAGCUGGCGAUGUAAUCACAAAAACCAUCGUUAAAUCUGUAAUUAAAGAUGGAGGAAGUGAAGUUUUGUACACCAUUCAGGGUUUAUCGGGCCGUACUUUAAUCAUUGAUCCUGAUUGGAAUAAUCCAUCUGAUGAAUUUCAUAUUGGAAUGAAAAGAGCUAUUGAAAUUUUUCCAAAACCUUUGGAAAGAAAACAAAGGAUUGAAGUUGAUCAUCAAAAAUAUAUAGCGGAAAUUCAACAAAACCUUGCUUUAUGGGAAGAAGAACACCCACCAUCUUCCGGUCCAUCUGAAGCCGAUGUUUUAAUUAAAUCUGAUCUUGAAGCUAGAUUGGACGUUCUAAAAGAUUUAUUCAGGAACUAUGAAGAUCCUGGUGGUCCAUUAUUAACUGAUUAUAGGAAAGAAAGACAAUAUCAUACAUUUAGUCAAGAAGAUUUACUUAAUUUUUCGGUCAACAUUUAUGAUGAAGGAAAUCUUGUUGCGCCUGGAGCACAGAUCGUUUCACUUAAAAUUGGUGAUGUUCGGUUGGGAAGUAUGGAGACAGGAGCUAGUUUAGCAAGAGCAGCCAUGGCUUUAGUCAAUACUAAAGCCGAUGUUGCUAAUAUGAGUUACGGCGAGGUUACCGCUGUACCAAAUUACGGCCAUUUUUCUAAUUUGAUUCGCGAUGAAGUUAUUGGAAAAUAUGGUUGUAUUUUUGCUUGUAGUGCUGGUAAUAAUGGUCCGGCAUUAACUACUAACGGUUCUCCCGGUGACAUAAUUAGUGUUGGUGCAUACGUUAGUCAUGCUAUGGUUAAGGCUGAAUAUGCUCUACUUGAUUCUGUUCCUGAACGAGCCUAUACAUGGAGUUCUCGAGGUCCAGCUACUGAUGGUGAUGUAGGUGUAACUAUCUAUGCUCCUGGAGGGUCUUCGCCUAAUGCAACUGGCUGUAUUGCAUUAUUAUUAUCUGGUCUUAAGGCACAAAAUAAAAAGUACACUCCAUAUAGAAUAAAAAAUGCUAUUGUUAAUAGUGCAAAAUCUGUUGAUGAAACUUUUGAUGUUGGCAUGAUUCAAGUUGAAAAAGCAUGGGAUUAUCUUCAGAAAUUUUAUGAUCGUUCAGAUCAAGAUCAAACUUUUCAGAUUUUGAUUCCUGAUAGACCAAGAUAUAAACGUGGUAUUUAUUUGAGAGAAGCUAACGAAACAUCAAGUGUACAAGUAAUUUCAGUUGAGGUUAAACCAAAAUUUAUUAAAGAAAUUGAACCAACAUCUGGUGAAAAUAACACAAAAAAAUUUGAUUUUGAAAGUCGUUUGGCUUUAAUAAUGGAGUUUGAGUUUACUAUAAUACAUUGUUGGAUUUCAUUGGAUGAUCAUGCGCCGAUAAAAAAGUCUACAGCAAUAAUAUCAUUAGAACGUGAAAAUUCUGAUAAAUUACUUAAAGAGAAUAAAGUACUUAAACAAAAAGUCGAUGCACUAGAAAAAGAAAAUAAGUUAUUAAAAAAAUCCAUAUAUGAUUUAUCAGUGAAGUAUACAACGGUUGGUUAUCAUCAAAAAAUAGGGCAUUUUACAAUAUUUGAUCAGGAUGAACCAGUACAAGAUGGUGGGAAAGAAAUCAAGGAAAUAAAUUUGGAAAAUUCAACUGGUGGGUAA